CAAAGAACGUUGUUACUUUAUUAUUUGUGCUCUGCAAACUGAAAACACGAGAUUCCAUUUGCUUGAGAAAACCCAGAGACCUGAAUACUUUAUAUUGAUCUAGCUACAACAACUUCUCUCAACCCCUUUCAUUCUUUUCUCAGCAUCUGCUGCGCUUGAUUUUGAAUCAUGACUUCAAAACUUGAAGGCGGAGCUUAUCUCUCUUCUUUUGUUGAUGUUAUUUCAAAGAAACUAUCUUCAAUACUUGAAGAUGACUCUGUCCUGGAAGGAAAUGACUCUGCCCUGGAGUUGCUUGAAAGGUUGGAUGAAAUUCUGUGUGAUGUUGAACCUGUGCUUGAUGAUGCUGAGCUGAAGCAGUUCCGUAACGAUAGAGUGAAGAAGUGGCUUGUAGAUCUCCAAGAUGCUCUCUAUGUGGCUGAUGACUUUCUCGAUGAACUCUCCACUAAAGCUGCCACUGCUACUCCAAGGGAUCCAGGUAACUCUUAUGACUGGUCUCGCCCUGUUGAUUCAAUUAUUGAAGAUAGUGGUGUCAAUGUCAUUGAAAAAAUAGUUGCCAAACUGGAGUCUGUUGUACGACGAAAAGGUAAACUUGGACUGGAAAGGGGUGCCAAGUUGGACACAUCAUGGAGAAUUCCAUCCACAUCUCUCGUUGUUAGUUCUGACGUAUUUGGUCGGGACGAAGACAAGGAGAACAUAAUCAAAUUGCUGUUAGAUGAUAGUACCUGCGAUGCUGAAUCACUUGUGACUGUGAUUCCCAUUGUGGGUAUGGGCGGAAUAGGAAAAACUACUUUGGCUCAACUGGUUUACAAUGAUCCCAAAGUUGUGGAAAAUUUUGGCACUAGAGCAUGGGUGUGUGUUGCUGAAAAUCCUGACCUUGUCAAUGUUACAAGGACAAUAUUAGGGGCAAUAGAUUCAUCUCCUUGUAACAUGGAUAAUUUUGAUUUGCUUCAGACUAAUUUGAAGGAAAAGUUAAUAGGAAAGACUUUUUUACUUGUUUUAGAUGAUGUUUGGGACGAUCGACGAGACAUGUGGGAGGAUUUUCUAAAACCUUUUCACUAUGGGAAUAAUGGGAGUAAGAUUCUCCUAACAACCCGUAACGAAAAUGUUGCUUCUGUGUUCGCACCUAUCAAUCUACAUUAUGGACUAAGUUUACUGUCAAAUGAAGAUUGUUGGUCGGUGUUUUUGAAGCAUUCAACUAUUUCUACUAAUUCUAAACACUAUGCAACUGUUGAACCCAUUGGUAGAAAAAUUGUUGAAAAGUGCAAGGGGUUACCUUUGGCUGUGAAGACACUUGGAGGCUUAUUGCGCAACAAGGAUAAUAAAGAGGAUUGGGAGAAUAUACUUGAAUGUAAAAUCUGGGAACUCUCUGAGGAUGGUUGUAAGAUUAUUCCUGCGUUAAGAGUCAGUUAUCAUUACCUCCCAUCGUCUUUAAAGCGAUGUUUUGUUUAUUGCUCUUUAUAUCCCGAGGAUUAUGAAUUUGACAAAGACGAAUUAGUCUUAUUGUGGAUGGCUGAAGAUCUUUUACAACCAAAGGAAAACAACACAUCAAAAAAGAUUGGUUGUGCAUAUUUUGAUGAAUUAGUUGCAAGGUCAUUUUUUCAACCUUCUAAUACUAAGAGAGGGUUAUUUGUAAUGCAUGAUCUCAUGCAUGAACUAGCAACAUUUUUUGCUAGAAAAUUCUAUUUCAAACUCGAGGUAUCUGAGAAUCUACACAUGGUAGAUAGCAAAAUUCGACAUUUGUCCCUUUUUUCAAAUUAUGAGGAUACCAUCACACUAUUUGGAGAGGCCUGCAAGAGAGCAGUACACUUGAGAACAGCUUUAGAUUUUUCUUCAUAUCGUCCAUCAAUUGAUGUUGAAAGCAAUCCUUUGCUCUUACAACAAUUUAGAGUUUUCUCAUUUCGUGUAAAGUCAGUACCUGAUUCAAUUGGCGAAUUGAUUCAUUUACGUUAUUUAAAUCUCUCUGGCACAUGUAUUGUUACAUUGCCAGAGUCAAUAUGUAAAUUAUACAAUCUCCAAACUUUGAAGUUGCGGGGUUGUGUUGAGUUAGAGAUGCUUCCCAGCCGCAUGCAAGAUCUAGUGAACCUUUGCCACCUUGAUAUUCGAGGUGCUUCUCGUCUGAAAGAGAUACCCAAGGGAAUGAACAAGUUAAAGCAUCUACACUUCUUAAGUGAUUAUAUCGUCGGCGAGCAAGAGAAUGGGAUGCGAGAAUUGGGAACAAUGGACAAUCUCCAUGGCUCAUUUUGCAUUUCCAAAUUGGAGAACGUCAAGAAUAGUGGUGAAGCUUUGGAGGCAAAGAUGGGUAACAAGAAGCACAUCAACACUCUAGAAUUGAAUUGGCUUCCAGAUGGUGACAUUGAUGAUGUUGAAACCGAAAGAGAUAUUCUUGACAAGUUACAACCUCAUGAAAACUUGAAAGAGUUAUCAAUUAAUGGUUAUCCGGGUGAAAGAUUCCCAGAUUGGUUAGGCCUUUCUUGCUACUCCAAUAUGACCGAAUUGAGUCUGGAUAGUUGUAUGAAUUGUUGUGAGCUUCCUUCACUGGGACAGUUACCCUCUUUACAGCAUCUGAAGAUUUCUAAACUUGAUGGGUUGGAGAAAAUUGAUUUAGAGUUUUACAACAAAAACGAUGGAUCAUUUCGGCAGGAAACACCCUUCAAAUCUCUUGAAACUCUGAAAUUUCACAAAAUGUAUAGUUGGGAGGAGUGGCAUUUUCCUGAUGGGUUUGAUGGUUUUCCUAAACUUAGAAGCCUUUCAAUGAGAUACUGUCUCAAGUUAAGAGGAAGUCUGCCAGCUCACCUUCCGGCUCUGGAGGAACUUGCCAUUGUUGAAUGUUCAAAGCUUGUAUGUUCGCUGCCGAGGGCUCCCAAGCUUAUAUGGCACCACACACGUUAGACAUUUCAGAAACCCAGCUGGCGCAACGUGUUGGAGUGGGUCCCCCACCUGCAAUCGCUACAUCUUUAAUUGUUGGUCGCUGAUAUCAAUUUCAGCAGAUUAUUUGCCGGCUUCACUAACGGAGAUACGUGUACGGGGGUGUGAUUCACUGUCGUCGUCUCAAUUGGGGGUCAAGAAAUUCACAAUUAUUGAAUGCGGAAGCAUGGAAUGUGUUGUGGUGCCACAGGCUCUUCCAGGUCUCCGUUAUAUAUGGAUCUCAGCCUGCUGCAGUUUAGUAUCCUUGCCGGCACUAGGGUUGGCUUGGCUGCGCCCCCACCUGGAGGAGCUGCAUAUACGCGAUUGCCAAGAAAUCGAUUGUUUUGCUGACGAGUGCCUCCCCGAGAGUUUGAAAACUCUUAAAGUCAAGCAAUGCAAGAAACUAGCGAGGUGGAUAACAUCAAAGGGUUUGCAGAGUCAAGGCCGCCUUACCCGUCUUUAUCUUUGUGGGUUUGAUGUAAAGUCGUUCCCAAGACAGGGUUGCCUCCCUGCUUCUCUCGAGUCUUUAAGAAAGUGAAUUAGAAUUCUAAUCAUUUAUACAUCAUUUAAUGUGCAAUGAGAGCAGUCAACGGCAUACAGCAUACUGUUGGAUCAGGUCUUCCAGAUUUGCACUCAUGGAAUUCUCUCUUGUGUUACUCAUCUGACUUUUAUCAUUCGGUGAGGUGGGUGGUUAUGCAAAAACUGAAUGGAGGAUUGAAGAGUCAACAUUAAUACAAGGAUGAGGCAAGGUGAGAAUGGGAUUGCAAUGAAGUUCAGUAUCUUGUUAUGUAGUAUAUUCUUAGGAAAUUGAGUACUUCCUGGCUACAAACCUCAGUAUGAUAAAAACUCAUCAUGAUCCGCGAAAACACAGAAGGAGAGUACAGUGGGCUUGAACAUCAGGUUGUGAGAGGUGUAGUAGAAAGUCUCAAAAUCAAUAUACGCCAAGCAAGUUUAAGGGUCGAUGAGUAUGCUUUUCACUAUGCCAAAAAACAUGGAAGAGGGUAUCUGCUAUUCACAAGGCCAACAUUAUGCAGAAGACUGAAGGUCUUUUCCUCAAGGUGCUGUCGUGAGGUUGCGGUGAAGUAUCUUGAUAUAAAAGUAUGAGGAAGUUGUCAUUGACAAUUGCUGCAUGAUGCUUGUGAAGAUUCCGGCUCUUUUUGAUGUACUAGUGAUGCCAAACCUUUAUGGUGACAAUAUUAGUGACCUUUGAGCUGGCUUGGUUGGGGGUUUGGGCUUGCACCAAGGUAAAACAGGUCGAUCAGCAAAAGCUAGAAGUUACAGUCUUAUCAUCUCACACCAUUCCGUCAUUCUGAUUCAUACAUGUUUCAGCUGCAACAUUGGUGAGGGAGGUAUUGCACUAGCUGAGGCUGUAUAUGGUUCAGCACCUGAUAUUGCUGGAAAGAAUUUGGCAAAUCCAACUGCUUUACUGCUGAGUGGUGUUCAAUGUUGCGCCAUUUGAAUCUCCAUGACAAAGCUGACCUAAUUCAAAAUGCCAUCCUCAACACAAUUGCAGAAGGGAAGUACCAAACUGCUGAUCUUGGAGGCAAAGCAAAGACAACCGAGUUCACCAAUGCAAUCAUUGACCAUCUCUAAAUUCUGCUCGAGUAGGCAAGGAAUUGCUGCUAAUUUUGUUUUCUGUUAAUUUCCUAUUUAUCUUUUGCCCAGCUUUUUUCGAGGAGUAGGAAUACCUCAGCAUAAUGGAAAAACUCAUCUAAGGUUGUGACCUUAUAAUCACCAGGCAUGGGCAAGCCUUAAAAUAUUCUUUGGCCUUGAGAGUUGAGAGGGUUGGAGUCUCUUACACAGUUACACUUCUAAAAUGCACUUUGUCUGAUAACCCUCCUUAGUCCAUUUUGGUAUUCCUUGUCAAUAAUAUAGUUAAAUAAAUGAAGUACCAUUAGUUUGUUUUUAUAUUUGUUUUGUCUUUUUCUCCCUCUAAUUGCUCCCUUUAUUUUAAUCUGUAUUUGCACAACCACCAAUAUAUUGGUGACUAAGACUUUGUUUAUUUGGAGUGAAGUAGAAGGGAAAUAGAGGAGAGGGGAAAGAAGUUGCAAAUUUUGAUGCCUAAUUUUGUAAAGAAAAUUUUCCAAUUUAUCUUCCUCCUCUAUUUCUCUUCAAUCAAACAAAGCCUAAGUGUACAUGUCAAUAUCUUUUAGUUUUUUGAAAUAUUUCUUAUUAUAUUUGUCCUUGUG